AUGGCGUGCACUCUUAACACCAUCUGUUGGAUGCGGAUCUUGAACUUUGCCAUGGCUCUGACGCCGCCCAAACUAAACCUGUACCUUGGGGACAUCGAUGGGCGUUGCUGGCCAGAGGGAAAGGUGUACGACAUAUUCGACACACUUUUGACCACAAUCGGCUACGCAGCGGUCCACACAUAUGGUCAACUGGAACCAAAAGACAUUAGCUUUGCUUUUGCUUUUGUCUCCGGCUGUAGUCUGACCGAGGCAAAACAUAUUUCCAGUGUUAUUAGUUUCUUAAGAAACGGCUGGAAGAACAUUCUCGUACUAUUUGAGGCCAGUCCAUCUGUCUUGACGUACAGGGCACUUGCUCGGAAGUUGGAGAUGUAUAUGACAAGAGUAGCACCUGGCCAGGAGCGAUUCAAUGUGGUAACAGUUCACAAUCUGCAGUUAAACAGCGACCCCCGGGAGAUUGUCGAACGGUUUUGUAAUUCUUGUGAAGCCAUUGUCCUCCUGGCUCGCUCAUCGAUCUUCUCCUACUUUAUUGACAUGGUAAGUAAUAUAUCCUUCUGUGAGAACAGCGAGACUGCCAUCGUUCAAGUGGAUCAGUCCAACGCUAUAACCUAUGACGCCUUACGUCUUUGGCGAUAUAUUCUCUCUAAACAUGGAGCACUCGGGUCUGCUGGUCAAUGUUUCUUUAUGAUGUCAAUCCUUCCAGCUGGUCAGGGCUUUGACAUUUCCUCCUUCAUCCUGGAAAGUGUGAAUGCUUAUUUCCAGCUCAACAAUCGACAGAAUUUUUUUUCACGCUGA